UUCUUAUUUCAGGAUGUUAAGUAUAUAUUUGGAGUGGUUGGAGUUCCAGUUGUAGAGAUUGCUGUAGCUGCUCAGGAAGUUGGAAUAAAGUUCAUUGGAAUGCGUAAUGAGCAAUCCGCAUGCUAUGCUGCUGGAAUAAUGGGAUAUCUCACAAGAAGGACAGCUGUUUGUCUCGUGGUUUCAGGACCUGGGCUUCUACACGCUGUGGGUGGAAUGGCUAAUGCUCAUAUUAAUGGCUGGCCUUUGUUAGUCAUUGGUGGGUCAAGUGAUCAGGAUCAAGAAGGAAUGGGAGGUUUUCAAGAGUUCCCUCAGGUUGAAGCGUGUCGUCUGUAUACGAAGUAUGCGUGUCGACCUAAUAGUGUGCAGCUUAUUGCUUUCCAUGUUGAAAAGGCUGUGAGACAAAGUUUGUACGGCCGACCUGGUGUUUGCUAUAUUGACCUUCCAGGUAGCCUAAUAAACCAAGAAGUACCAUUAAAAUCUUUGAAAGAAGUUCACCGAUGUCCUGAUCCUCCACAGAUAUUUGCAGAUCAGAGAUUGGUGUCAAAAGCUUUUGAUCUUCUGAAGAAUUCUAAACAACCAUUAGUUAUAAUUGGUAAAGGAGCUGCAUAUAGUAGAGCAGAAGAGAAAAUAAGGACCUUGGUGACAAGAUGUAACCUACCCUUUCUCCCAACUCCCAUGGGUAAAGGAGUUAUUCCUGAUAAUCAUCCAAUGUGUGUGGCUUCUGCUCGAUCAAGGGCUCUUCUGGAAGCAGAUGUUAUACUUUUACUUGGUGCAAGGCUAAAUUGGAUACUUCAUUUUGGUAAACCUCCACGUUUCAGUCCAUCUGUGAAGAUUAUACAGGUUGACCUCAUGAUGGAAGAACUGCAUAACAAUGUGCAAGCUGAAGUUGCUUUAGCAGGAGAUGUGGAAGCUGUCACUAGUCAGCUACUUCAAGAGCUUGAUAACUGCAACUGGAGCUUUCCUGCUACUGCUCCCUGGUGGGAAAGGUUAAAGACAAAAAUAGAAGAGAAUGCUAAAGUAGUUCAGAAAAUGAUAUCGGACAACUCUCUCCCUCUGAACUACUAUAUUGUUCUUCAUAAGAUAAAUGAACUUAUUCCAAAAGAUGCUGUGAUCAUAAAUGAAGGAUCAAAUACUAUGGACAUUGGAAGAACUAUGCUAGCAAAUUACCUUCCCCGACACAGAUUGGAUGCUGGUACAUUUGGUACAAUGGGUAUUGGGUGUGGAUUUGCUAUUUCAGCAGCUCUGUGGUGUCAGGAUACAGCACCAACUAAACGUGUAGUGUGUAUACAAGGGGACAGUGCUUUUGGUUUUUCAGCAUUUGAAAUGGAAACAGUCAUCAGGUAUAAACUCCCGGUAAUAGUGAUUAUUCUGAACAACAAUGGAAUAUUUAGUGGCGUAGACAAAGAGACUUGGGACGAGUUGAACAAUAAUGAAACCCACCUUGGACUAAGUAUCCCACCCACAAGUCUAUCUCCAGCUGCCCGCUAUGAAGGAAUUACUGCAAUGUUUGGGGGCAGAGGAUAUUACGUAACCACCAUUCCAGAGCUCGAGUUAGCAAUCAAGGAAUCUUUGGAAACUGUUCAUCAACCAUCUGUCAUUAAUGUCAUCAUUAACCCAUAUGCUCAAAGGAAACCUCAGGACUUUCCUUGGUUGACUAGAUCAAAGAUGUGAAGUUGAAGAACAUAUUAUUUUUGUGAAACGUUUUAAAUUCAAUUUUCUAUUAACAUAAAUAAAUUAAUUUUAAAUGUGAACAGGGUAAAAGAUGUUAUUUUUCAAUAUUCUGGUAUUGUCUGUGUACGUGUUGUUAUAUCUUACUCAUAAAAUGGUUUCGUCAACAACCUGUUGACGUACCUGUAUUUCGUGUCAGAUUUAUAUAAUUUGUUAUUUUUUUAAAGCAUUAUGUAAUUUUUUUUUGAGAAAGCACACAUUAAAUCCAUUAAUUUUUCCUA